AUGUUGAAUAUUGCAUAUGUCGUUAUCCAAUCGGAAAACCAAGACGCACGCCCUCCAAAUAUAAGUCAUUACGCAAGCGGCUGCAAUCACACCCUGAGAAAAACUAAUCUAUUGCAAGAAUCGAAGUCGAACAGAAGAUUUCUUGUCAUGAAUGGACGCCCAUGUAUCUAUAUAUCGAGCUGUUUGUACGAUGAUAAACUGUUCACUGAUAAUAUUUUAGGUGCUAUUACGACAUAUUCAUUAACUAUUCACUCAGACGACAGAAUGACAUUCUUGAUACCUCCGCAUGACAUUACUCGACUUUGGCUUUAUUGUAUCGGUGGAGUAGCUACAGUUAUAUUUCUAAUGGUGACGGUUUGUUACUUUGCCUGUCGUCAAGAAUAUACAGAUAGAGCGGAACGACGAAAAGCGAAAGAACGUCAUUUGGUGACUGUUCAACAAUGGCAACAGCAAGUGAACUCCUUUCCUGAUCUUUCUCGUCGACCUGCAAGUGAUAUUCUUAUGGAAUUAAAUGUUGGUCAACACCGACCUAACCCUCAAGUUGCAUAG